AUAUUCUGGUAGUACUGGGUAGACUUUUCAACUUGAAAACAUUGCCGCAUACAAUGCUCAUUUCCACAUCUCUGGCAAUUUUUGUCUUUUGCAGCGCAAGCACCUCCUGCAAAUAGGAGGGAAGUCACUGCGCGAGGUGGCAUCGUAUGCCAUGAAGGCUGUUAUGGCGCACCCCGUCCAAGUGCUUUACAGCCUUCAUAGCAGGAAGGGGAAGAGGGCAUUCAUCAAUUUGAAGUUAUGCCGGAUAGUCACAGAUGUCAUCUGUGCGAAAGGGGGGGGGGGCGACCUGACACAAGCACAGAACUUCAUUAAGUGGUUGCCAGGGUCUGUGGUCAGCGGUGGUGGCAGGAAGAGGCGUUUCACAGCAACGUUUGCAGCAGAGCAGCCCGAUGAUCCCUCCCUUCAGGGCAGGAAUCAUUGCCUGCCCACUGCUGCCCUCUCCCUGCCCCACCCUUGCCCUCAGGUCCCUGGCAAGUCCACCGUCGGCCCCUCCUGUCCGGCUGCUGCUGCCCCUGCUCCUUCCCCUGCUGCAGCCCCUGCCGCCCCUGCCCCUGCUCCUGCUGCUGCCCCUGGAGCUGAGCACCCCUACUGAUGCCUGCAUCAGUUCAAGAAUUGUAUUGUAAAUAGUAAAAUAGUACUGUAAAUAGUAUACUAAAUAAAUUAUAUUUUCGUUUACGCUUUGCGUGUGUCUGCAGGAAGUUUCCUUUCCGCACUUAUUUCCAUCACAUU